AUGGGACUGAGACGAGAGUUCGGAACGAGUGCGUCAGGAACAUAUUUAUUCAUUGAGAUGAUAAACAUGUUCAAUAUCCAGCCUUACCUAACUGUUAGUACAACUAAAGGAAAUCGUAAGCGCUUACCUCGUGCUGACCCCUUCAGAGAUCCGGAAGACCCACGCUUACGGGAAGCAGAAGAGAUUGCAACUUGGUUGCAAGACUCUUGGUAUGCUGGGCUAGCCAGUGCGGAUCCAACUAUCAUCAUUAUAGCUGAUGAUGAGGAUGAUGACGUAGACGAUGAAGAUGAUAUGGAGGUAUUACAAUUUCUCAGUUCUAUGUGA